GGACGAAGUGCGCGUGUAUUUGUACAGCAGAUAUACGUACAGAGAUAGGACCCUUAACCUCCUACCAUCGAGGUUCGAAAACAUGGCCCUGAAAUGGUGCGAAAGUAUUCCCAUCAAGAGAGUAAAAAACCUCAACAAACUCGAUUUUGAGAAAGAUUAUUUACAUACAGGUCAACCUGUGAUCAUAGAGGGAGCAGUAGAGCACUGGCCUGCGAAGCAUUGGACUCUCGACAAUUUGUGUCAGCGAGUUGGUUCAAACCAAUGUUUGGUUAGAGGAAAUACGAACAGAGAAGACUACAGGCUGGGUAAGAAGUACACUAUUCGGGAAACCACACUUCAAGAGUACGUGGAUGACCUCCUGAAGGAAAACAGUCGAUCCAAGAAUUCCUAUCUAGCGGUUCAAAACCUCAACUUGGCAUUCCCAGAACUUCAGGAUGAUGUUCCUCUACCUGAGUAUGUUGGUAAAAUCCACUGUGGUCCUUACAUGUGGAUAGCAAGAAAGGGACAUUAUGAGUAUUGUCAUACAGAUCCUGACGACAACUUUCUUGUGAUGAUCAAAGGCACAAAGCAACUGCGACUAUUUGGUCUCGACACUGAACACAUGUACCCCAACAUUCACGGCUCCAAAGGGAAGACGCUUCAGUCACAAAUCAACGUAGAAGAGCCCGAUUUGGAAAAAUUUCCAGAGUUCAAAAAUGCUACGUGCCAUCAUUGUGUUUUGUCACCUGGAGAAAUGUUGUUUAUCCCAGCCUUCUGGUGGCAUCAGGUGACGUCUUUAGAUGUCUGUAUAUCCAUUAAUAUGUUCUUUGGUGAUGCGGGAGAAAAUAUUUACUUGGAAAAAUUAAUGAAACCACCAUUUUGGCCUGUCUUCUCAUACUGGUUACUCAACCUCGUAGAACAAAAUCGGGGACAUGAGUCAUUUUUCCAAAAAAUGCUGAGUCGUUUACCAGAUGUGUUGAGGAAUUUCUUACUGAAACAGUGGCAUGAGGUGCCAACUGAUGAACAGCUGGAUGUGCUUGUAGCUACAGUCAAAGAUUACCUGAAGAUAGACACUUUACCUGAACCAGAAAUAUCCAGUGCUAAGCAUCCUCCACAGUUGAAGAUCAGAGGACUUCUCUGGAGAUAAGGAAUGGAAAGAAUAUGUUCUUCAGUGAGUCAUGGUUCAUGCUUCUGAACCAAGGCUCUGGACUCACAAUUGUGCCAUAUACAUGUAUGGAUUGGAUUUGCAACUAAUAUGGUUUGAAUGUUGGGGGCAGGCUGCAUGAAUAUCCUAUUAUAGACUUGCGUCCUGAUUUUGCUUAGAGAGGAUACCUAGAUUCCUCUGUAUUCCAGAUUUGAACCAUUCAGCUGCACACACUAUGUACAUGUGUGAUGAAAGUUAUCUCACUAAUGUGCAAAGGGGGAAAAUGCAGGAAUUUGUCCUUGCACAUUCGUUAUUGCUGUCUGAACACCAACAGUUCAUUGUAAAUAAAAUACUGUUUGUAAAUACGUGUAUUAAAGAUAAUUCUAUGCAA